AUGGCCCACGAAAACCGAAUUCACCAGCUCGAAGACAUUGCAAACCGAAGUCCGCAACAUGAAGGGAAAUGGGACGCCCUCGCCGCCGGCGAAAUGAGUGUAUCGUCCUCACACAGCGGAACGACGUACCUUGUGCCAGUCCCGGUGACUUUAAAAGCACAGCUUGGAAGCCCGACUGCUCUAGCCAUUGGUGCCUUUUCCACGACUUUGACGACGUUGGCAUUGGCUUUGAUGGAGUUCAGAGGCCUCACGAUCACCAACGUUUUCAUCGGCAACUUCUUCUUUGUCGCAGGCAUCGGCAUGGUCAUAUCAGCGCAGUGGGAACUCGUCCUGGGGAACACGUAUGCGUAUACCGUUCUCUCCGCUUUCGGAUUUUUCUAUGGUGGUUUUGGCGCUAUCAUUACGCCUUUGUUUGGAGUUCAGGCGGCCUAUGGAACAGAUACAGCAGGGUAUAACAAUGCGCUGGGGUUUUUUGUGCUCAUGCAGAUGGCGUUCACAUUGGUUGCUGCCUCCUAUUUCGCAACGGCCGACGGGCAUGCGGGUACAGCAUUAGGACUCAAGAAGACAGCAGGGGCAUUCGCCUUCCUCAGUGGGCUUCUGGGUUACUAUACGGUCGCAAAUCUGAUGUGUCAAGAGGCCAUGUUCCUUUCGUUUCCGAUGGGAGAUACAAGCAGGUUUUUCUCGGCGAAGAAAACUCAAGAUUGA